AUGGCAAUAAACACAAACAUCUUGACUCCAAGAAUCAUGGAAGAUAUGUUUGCACCCAUGUUACAAAAUUGUGUAAGCAUUGCAAAAUUGAAGAAAAUACAUGCCCAAAUAAUCAAAUUCUCAUUAUCACAAAGCAACUUCUUGGUGACAAAAAUGGUGGAUGUUUGUGAUAAAAAUAGAGAGAUAAAUUAUGCUAAUUUACUCUUCAAAGAGGUGAUAAACCCCAAUACCCAUUUGUAUAAUGCAGUUAUAAGAGCAUACACACACAAUCACUUAUAUAUAUUUACAGUGAAUAUGUAUAAGCAAAUGCUAAGACAAGACUCGACUGCUCCUGAUAAAUUUACUUACCCAUUUGUUAUUAAGUCAUGUGGAGGACUUAUGAGUCAUGGACUGGGUAAACAAGUUCAUGGGCAUGUGUUCAAAUUUGGGCUAUUGGGUAAUGUUGUGAUUGAGAACUCACUGCUGAAUAUGUAUUUGAAAUGUGAUAAUGUGGGUGAUGCACAUAACCUGUUUGGUGAAAUGGGGGAAAGAGAUGUGAUUUCUUGGAAUGGGCUCAUUUGUGGUCAUGUUAAAUUGGGACAGAUGAAAAAGGCGAAAGCUGUGUUUGAAGAGAUGCCGAUAAAGUCUGUUGUAACUUGGACGACAAUGAUUUCUGGGUAUACUAGAAUUGGAUAUUAUGCAGAUGCGUUGGACGUCUUUCGGAGGAUGCAAAUAGUUGGUGUUAAACCUGAUUGGAUUAGUUUGAUUACUGUUUUGCGAGCUUGUUCACAGUUGGGGGCACUUGAAUUAGGUAAAUGGAUUCAUUUCUACGCGGAUAGAAAUGGGUUUUUGCGUGAGACUUGUAUAUGUAAUGCCUUGAUUGAGAUGUAUGCUAAAUGUGGAAGCAUAAACGAAGCUUUGCUGCUUUUUGAUUAUAUGCGUGAGCGUGAUGUGAUUUCUUGGAGUACCAUGAUUAUGGGAUUAUCAAAUCAUGGAAAAUCUGGUGAAGCAAUUCAAGUUUUUCAAGAAAUGCAGCUUGCAAAAGUUGUACCAAAUGAAAUCACCUUUGUAGGUCUUUUAUCAGCUUGUGCACAUGCUGGAUUACUGGAUGAAGGAUUAAAGUACUUUGACUCGAUGAGAAACGAAUACAACAUAGAGCCUGGUAUUGAGCAUUACGGUUGUUUAGUCGAUCUUCUUGGACGCACUGGUUGCUAUCAACGCGCCCUUGAACUAGUUAAGGAUAUGCCAAUGAAGGCUGAUUCAGCAAUUUGGGGUUCUUUACUAAGUUCUUGCCGGAUUCAUGGCAAUCUUGACACUGCAGUUGUUGCAAUGGAGCACCUGAUAGAGCUUGAACCAGAUGAUACAGGAAACUAUGUCUUACUUUCAAAUAUUUAUGCAAAACUUGGAAAAUGGGAUGGUGUUUCUAGAAUGAGAAAAAUCAUUAGACACAAGAGCUUGAAGAAAACUCCAGGAUGCAGUAUGAUUGAGAUCGAUAAUACAGUUCAAGAAUUUGUAUCAGGUGAUGAUUCGAAUCCCUUUUCAAAAGAUAUAUAUUGGAUGCUGGAACUUAUAAAUCUGCACAAAGAAAAGGCUGACGGCAAGUGCAAAGUGACAAUACUAGAUUAAAGUUUCAUGGCUGUCUGGUUUAAAUUGCUGCCAGUGUGCUAUUAAUUUCUCAUUUCAACAAUGCAAGUGUUGGAAUGACAGUGUUUGCAAUCGUCGAGCCUAGCUCAAACUUGUUAUCAUGUUAACAGAUUUUUGGACUCUGAAUACAAAUUCCCCCACAUUAAUGAAUGUCGAGUUGAGUUUUUUUAGCUCCACUCAAGGAGGACACGAUA